AAAUAACAGUGGCGUUAGAGUCGGCAUGGCGGCGCAUCCGGGCGAGGGGAUGUAGCUUCAAGCUAACGGCGGGGGGCGGACGUGAGUUCGGCGCGGAUUGAUGGUGAGAGGCCGGCCUGAUGCAAGGCUCUCCUUUCGAGUCAAUGCUGUUUACUGAACAGCUAUGUUGCUCUUCACCGCGCAGUGUCGACAUUACAGGCGUUGUCAUGACAACCAGCCAUGAUCCACAGGGCCUUGGUGAGGUUUCCACCUUGAGCUAGAUGCUAGCCAUGAGACUGAGCAGAUGCUGCGCUCUUCAGCCAAUCACAGGCUGAACGGGGCGGAUGACGUCACGAGCUAGGGAACAAGCGCAGCCAGUGAAGCAUCCAGCCAGCCUGCUGAACAAGCCUGCUUUAGGGUCAGGAACUGGUCUGACAAGAGAAUGGCAAUCCUGCCGUAAACCGUCAGUAGGACCAGGACGGAAGACGAUGGUGAUGGCUCAUAGGCGAAACGCGGAUCGAGAGAAUGUGAAGACAUAUUUCAGGACAUUGUGAGUGCUACUAAAGAUGUCUGAUAGUGUCGAUAUUGAAGAGAAACCACCAGCCCCCCCCUUGAGAAUGAACAGUAGUUCCAGAGACUCUUCAUCAGUGAAUCCCGCCUCUAAACCGCUUCCAAUGGCUCCUGAAGAGAAAAUCAAGAAGGUGCGCCUGCGUUCCAUCUUUCCCGGAGGUGAUAAGACAAACAAGAAGAAGGAGAAGGAGCGCCCCGAGAUAUCCCUUCCGUCCGACUUUGAACACACCAUCCAUGUGGGCUUUGAUGCAGUAACGGGAGAAUUCACAGGCAUCCCGGAGCAAUGGGCGCGUCUCCUACAGACAUCCAACAUAACCAAGUUGGAGCAGAAGAAGAACCCACAAGCUGUAUUGGAUGUCCUCAAGUUCUAUGACUCCAAAGAGACAGUUAACAAUCAGAAGUACAUGAGCUUCACCUCGGGAGACAAGUCAGCCCAUGGUUACAUAGCAGCAAACACUCUGAACCGACUGCUGUCGUCUGGGCCUCCUGUCAGCCUUAGAACCUGCAGCGCAUUAUUUGACAAGCAGAGUGCCAAAACAUCUACGUCAGAACCCCCGAUUGCUCCACCUGUGUCAGAAGAAGAGGAUGAGGAGGAAGAAGAAGAAGAGGAGGAGGAAGAGGAGGAGGAGGAGGAUGACGACGAACUUCCUCCCGUCAUUGCUCCUCGACCCGAGCAUACUAAAUCUAUCUACACGCGCUCAGUCAUGGACCCGCCCAAGCCUCCCACUCCCAUCAAAGAGGUUGUGACGCCACCCGAGUCACAGGUCCAGCCCGACAACACAUCGAGCACAAUGUAUCGCCACACUGACCGCCAGAGGAAGAAGUCCAAAAUGACAGAUGAGGAGAUUCUGGAGAGACUCAGGAGUAUCGUGAGUGUGGGGGAUCCCAAAAAGAAGUACACACGCUUUGAGAAAAUAGGACAAGGUGCUUCUGGCACAGUGUAUACAGCCAUCGACAUAGCAACUGGCCAAGAGGUGGCCAUCAAGCAGAUGAACCUUCAGCAGCAACCCAAGAAGGAGUUGAUCAUCAAUGAGAUCUUGGUGAUGAGGGAAAACAAAAACUCCAAUAUAGUGAACUACCUGGACAGUUACUUGGUAGGAGACGAGCUGUGGGUAGUGAUGGAAUAUUUGGCCGGAGGCUCGUUGACAGAUGUCGUGACUGAGACAUGCAUGGAUGAGGGCCAGAUUGCAGCAGUUUGUAGAGAGUGUCUUCAAGCCUUGGAUUUCCUGCACUCCAACCAGGUGAUCCACAGAGACAUAAAAAGUGACAACAUCCUUUUGGGAAUGGAUGGAUCUGUCAAACUCACCGACUUCGGCUUCUGCGCCCAGAUAACUCCAGAGCAGAACAAGCGCAGCACAAUGGUGGGAACGCCCUACUGGAUGGCACCAGAGGUGGUGACCCGGAAGGCCUACGGCCCAAAAGUGGACAUCUGGUCUCUGGGUAUCAUGGCCAUUGAAAUGGUGGAGGGAGAACCUCCAUAUCUGAAUGAAAAUCCUCUCAGGGCAUUGUACCUGAUAGCUACCAACGGGACGCCCGAGCUUCAGAACCCAGAGAGACUGUCGUCUGUCUUCAGAGACUUCCUAAAUCGCUGCUUGGAGAUGGAUGUGGACCGCAGAGGUUCUGCCAAGGAGCUGCUUCAGCAUUCGUUCCUCAAGCUGGCCAAGCCUCUGUCCAGCCUGACGCCUCUGAUUGUAGCUGCCAAGGAAGCCAUAAAGAACAGCAGUCGCUAGCGGGCAUCUUCUGUCUUCACCCAAGGCCGGAGCCCUGCCUGCUCGGGGUGCGUGCGUUCAUAAUGGGUGCUUUUGAUAUUUGUGGGACAGGUGAUGUGACAGCACAAUGUGUGGUGGUGGGGGGGUGUGCUGGUUGGAGCUCUGUGACCCCCCCCCCCCCCUUCUCAAACGCCGUCAUCCCCCCACCGGCACCGACCCCAGCCCAUUCAUUACAUACGUACAGUACGUCGGAUGAGCGGCGGCCUUGCAGCCUCUCGGCACCGUGCUGCUAAAAAGACUUUUUUGUUUACGUUUUCAGCACUCUGUACAUGUCUGUCAUUUGUCUGCGUGAGUGUGCACAAAUGUCUAGGUUCUGUAGGGAGAGGGGGUACAACUGCUUCCAAACCAAAAAAAAGAGGGGGGGCAAGACCCUCAAAGAGGAGCUUUUGGUAGAGUUUCCUCUUCCUCUUGUGUCAUCCGUGUGGAAAACACAUCAUGCCUCCAUCUACAGUGUCACUCAAGGACCCAAACUGUGCUCGUAUGACUGUGGUGGUGCUUAUAGCGUCUGUGUGUGUGCGCGCGCCCGCAUGCGUGCAAAAGUGCAGUUACAAGGGGAAAGUCAUGAAUAAUUUUACCUGACCAAAGUUGGAUCUGAGCAUUCUUCAUCAAUCCUGCUUUAUUUUAGCUUAGCAUUGCUCUUAUUUAAUAACAGUUAAUUGUUUGUCAUUUUUCAAAUCUGGCCCGAAACUGGCUCCCAUUUCAGAUCAAACGAGCAAAUAUUCAAUGGUGUUGUUCAAUAUGGUAUAUUUAACUUUGAUCUGAUAUGCUUUAAGACUCUUUUUAACAUUCAGGGUUACGUUACUAAACCGCUCUUAGUUGCAAAUUUGCAUGCAAGUGCAUUGCCAAUUUUAUACCUCAUAUAAUAUUUACAAUAUUUCAUUGAUUACCAUUUUUUUCCAUGUAUAAUGCGCCCCCAUGUAUAAUACGCACCCUAAAAAUGGCAUGUUGAUGCUAUAAAAAAGCCUGUACCUAUGUAUAAUACGCACCCAAAUUUUGACUCCUACUUAAGUCCGUAAACGUAAAAUUAUUUCAGAAAAAAGAUCAUCUUUGCGAACAACCGGAUGUUAUUCUGCCGGUCAGUAUCACUGCGCGUGCGCUAGCAAACUCAAUAGCGAAGAAAUGUUUCGGAUUUGUGUAGGGUACAUUGUGACAGCAAACGAGCAGGUGAUCGAGCAAGCGUCUGAUACGAGAGCAUUGUGUUCGUAUGGAGCGUGUUUGAAGUGAACAGCAGAGAAGAAAGCGCAUCUGUAAUGGCGGUCUCCGUAUGAUAUCAGGAUUAAAAAAAAAAUAAUAAUAAACUGUACCCAUGUAUAAUGCGCACCCCAGAUUUUAGGGCGAUAAAUUUGUUAAAUUUUGCGCAUUAUACAUGGAAAAAAACUGUAUUUUAAAAUGUGUACAAAUGCUCAGUUGCAUCUUUUGUUUGCAUGAAUUUUAUUUUGUACAUUAUUGCUCAAUACCGUCAGUUAAACUACAACUUAAUCCCGCUUAAAUAGUUUAAUCCUUUGAAUGAAUUUUGAAUGAAUAAGUAAAUUAUUUGUUGUUUUUAUUGCUGAAAAAUAUUUGAUUGUCGUUGGGACUAAAUACCAAAAAUCUGUCCUCAAAAAUACUUGUAGAAAUAUUGAAUACAUAAUGUUAAUGUGCAAUUAAUAUUCAAUAUUUCAACUUUUUAUGUCCCCUUUCUCUUGGUAUUGUUAUUAUUAUUUUUAUUAUUAUUAUUUCUACUUUUUUGAGACCAUCAAAAAGCCUCCGUCCAGGUUUCUAAAAUGUUUUCUCCCGCUGUGACUUUGUUGUGAUUGGAUUUUUCAGUCAAUCCAGUCAUUGAUGUCAAUCAUGAUAACAACACUACCUAUCGGUUGUGAUGUCGCUCUUGUGUGUGUGCAUGUUUAAUAUCGUCACAAUCUGAAGAUACAUUAUUAAACAGCUGGUUAUUGCUGAUCAACACUAAAGUUAUGCAUUACAAUGCAAUAAUAUAAUUUGGAAGCUAGCACUUGUUAUAUUACUCAUUUUAAUGUUCAAACAAAGUAAAGGGUGGCCUUUUAUUUGAAACAAUCACAAAUCCAGUCACAAAUACCAUACAGUAUCCAGACUUGUUUGUAUUGGUGUAUCCCCAUGUAGCUACACCACCGUGUGGCGCGCUCUCUUGUCUUCCUAUCUAUGUGCAACAUUUCAUCCUAUUAAAUUGUGAGUUUCCGAGGGCUACCUCAGUCACGUCCUCCGACGUGACAUCGAGGUGUGUGGGGAAUUGCUCAGACACAUUUUGUAUCUCCAUUGUACAGCAAAGGUCCACAACAUGGAGUGAUGUGACACAUGUCAUGCAUGUUAAACAACCAAUUGUACACUGUCUCAUCGUUCACUUAGGUUAAGAUUGUUAGGAUAUAUGCAGCGGUUACAAAAUGUCUACGCAGCCCUCUUUGAAUGUUUUUGAAAGUUGUUGUUGUUGUUAUGAUACAGAAUGAGAAAAUAACAAAUCAUUUAGAAACUGUUUCCACGUUUGAUGUAUGAUCUGGACAACUGAAUUGUAUAACAAGUCAGGAUAAUUUGACAUAUAUUUUGAGUUAAUCAGAGGCACUUAAAUUGGUGCAGUUGUGUGCUAACUCCCACGUAACAUGAUUUCUGAUACGAUUGAUAAUAUCCCUAAUCAGGUGAAUAUAGCCUCACUUAUGAGGGUGUGCACACUUGUGCAACCAUUGUAGAAAAGUUGGUAGAAACUUGAAAUGAUUUAUCUUGUGUUUGUUUUUCUACCACAUUGGAACAGGGGUGUGUAGACUUUUUGUAUCCACUGUAUGUACAGUAUGUAAUGUAUGUAUGUAUGUAAAUAUGUAAGAGGGAACCAUCCCCUCUCUCCCCUUUUUUUUUUUUCAAAUGAUGUAACUUGAAAAUAAGACAUUUCAGGUUGCUUUAUAGUAUGUAUCAGUCGAUGUUUUGCACUCUGCAAAUGGAACGAAAGAAGCAACACGCACACCCUCUGCACUCCCAAGGGUCCCCUCAUUUUGGGCUCCAAUAAGACAGUGAACUGAUGAGUGUGUGUGUGUGCGCGUGCGCGAUGGGUAAGGCUGGCCUGUGAGGACGCUUGGUGCAAAAGGCCCCAAUGACGCCCAUGCACAGGUGCGAACUGUGAGCACGAGAGGUGGCAAUGCCUCCGAAGUGCCGCCUUCCCCCCCUUUCCGUGGUGGCUCCUGUGCAUUCCUAUCUUCUGAAUGUGUCAAUCUGUACACGUGGUGUGAAAAUUCCUCUAUUAAUGUGUAUCAAGAGAAUGGAACAAAGACAAAAAAAUGUUACUUUUUAAAUUAUUAUCAUUACUACUACUCUUAUUAUUGUCAAGCUUUGUAAAACUGCUGAUCCAUUUGGCGUACCUCAGCAGGCUGGCUGCUCCCCGCCUUUGAGGACAAAAAGGACAUAAAAGCCCGACGGGGAAAUGAGGUUUUGGAUAAACUAUUUUUAAUUGUGGUUGAAGCAAUAGACUUUUUGAACUUUGAAUUGUGCAUGGCUGUGUCUUGAGUGUACAAAAAGAUUAUUGCAGUUUGGGAACUGGACUGAAAUAAAAAGAAGCCGAGUUGCUGUAA